GUCCGAGGCUCCAGUCAGCUGAAAAGGCGCCGCGCCGUGUCUCGCACUAAACCAUCGUGAUUCGUUUACGCACUUCAAGUUCCCAACGUCUCAACUACACACGCGUCCUCUCAGCAGGCACCCGCGUUCGCAACACCAAGAAAAAAUAAAAUAAAAAUCCUGAAGCAACUAGAUGCUGCCAUGCUUCCACCAUCAAAGCAUCCGCGUUGACAAGCGCUCCGCGACACUCUUCGAACCCUAGCGGCGAGCGAGAGACGAUUGCGCCGCCAGGGUCAGUCACUGUCUGUCAUGUCACGGCAAGCGCCGCCCGCGCCGGGAACCAGACGACGGACUGUCGUGCGGCCUCCCGAGGCGCGCAGCACGCAUGACACAGUCACCGCCGUUGACGGCAGGGUCUUCUCCCGUCCGUGUGCGCACCUGGGCCUGCAGUCGCCGUGCUGCUGCGUGCUGUGCCGGCACGACAUUCUGCGCGGCGAGAUGGCCGCUGCCGGUACGCUUCAUGUUCUCCCUUGGGGGCUCAGUGGCUUAGAUGGAGGGGAAUCCAGAAAUCAGUAUCGUGUCGUACAUAAGCUAACGAAUCCGGUCGUCGCCGCGCCGAAACACGACGAUAGUUCUUGGCCACGGAGAAGAUCGGCGCCUCGCGGGCUACACGCUGGGCUUCCGGCUCCCGGCCCUGGACUGCAGGUUCGCGCACCAGACCGUCUACGAGCGCCGGCGCACGAGCCUAUGGCGGCUGUGCCGCGGGUGUGUCGGCGCGGGUAACGACGACGACGCCUGCUUCUUCUUCUAUCACGUGGACUGCUUCCAUGCGAUUGAGAGGCAUCGCGGGAGGCGGCUGGGUCUGGAGGACUUGCUGGCGCUGGGCAUGUGGACGCGGGGCGUGCCGCGGAGUAUCAUGGCCGUGAGCGCCUCGCCGUCCCGAGCGUUCGUGCGCCUUGGGGUUGACGAUGCCAUCGAUACAGACGUCGUCUGGCUCAAAAGGCUGCGGGCUUUCCCCCAAGAGCUCUUGGACCAGAUAUACGGCAUGUGUCACGAGUCGUGUCUCUGGCGCUACUUCUCCGCGCUGGGUAGGUUCCCGCUCAUGGAGCCGCUCCUGGACCGGGAUAGGGAGGCAACGUUGCUGUCGCUCGGGGAGCUGGGCUCGUGGAAUCGCUGGGAUGGCAUGACAACAUCCCCGUCAAAGGCCUCAGAGCUUCUCGUACGACUGUGUCUGGAUGAGCUUGGAGUCGUGUCCGUGGAGCGCGUGUCCGCCGACGACGACGACACGGCGAGUCCACAGCACGGGGGCACCGGAUAUAUUGUCGAGCGUGUCGACACCAUGAAAGGCUAUACAUGUGCGGUCAAGGGCCCCUUUAUGAGGCUCAUACCGUCAGACGGGAGCGCACCCCUAAACACGCGCAUAAAGAUAUGGGACAGCCCGCACCCCCCGCCGGCUCAACACAUUACGUGGUUCUCAGAGCGCUUCAGCACUCCUCGAGUCCGCUGCGUCAGCCUCCACGGGCUCCGCGGCCUGACAGUCUUUUGCUCCCAGGGCGCCGUCUAUGCCAUCCACCCUCACUACACCUGGGGCAUAAGUGCCGCUCCCGCGCCCUCGCAGGCGAACUUGCAUCCGUCUGAGCGCAAGAAGCUCACUGCGCUGUUUCUGCCUCUGAGUGACAACGAGAGUAUUGCCGAGGUCUGGGUCCGAGACUGUACCUGCGCCGCCACGAGCGUGUGUCGGAAAACAACACAUAACGAGGCCCUGGCUAUUAUCACGAGCACAGGCAGGUUCCAGCUCUUUGGACGGUACAUCAGCCCGCGCUCUGCGGUCGGCAAUCCGCACAGGGGCCUCCGGUGGAAGCAGAUCGGCGACGCCACGACGACGCACCUGCUCUACACCGACACCAGGUUCCAAUCAUCACCGCCGCGCGCGGAUCUCGGUGCCGCUUCUGCGAUGGGGCAAGCCCAAGGCUCGUGGAAGAAGAAGCAGCAGCAGCAGCAGCCGUCGACCACCCCGCUGCCCCCCGCCGCCCUCGUCAAGUGCCGCGGCUGGGCCAUUGCCGCGCACUUUGGCUACAUGUCGGUGGCGUCGCUGCGCGGCGUCAACCAGCUAAAGCUCUUGCACAUGAGGGCAUCGACGACGCCUUACGUGCAGAAUAAUAAUAGGCCGUGCCGGGGGAUGGUGCUGGGCUACGAAGACGGGUCACUGGCUGCGCUGGGGGACUGCUCGGAGGAGAGGGGAACGGGGGAUGUGGAGGGGGAUAUCUACCACGACCCUCUCGCGCUGUACCACAGGAUCGACAAGGCCGGGGGUUACGAGGUUGUGCGGUCUUGGUCGCUGACGGAUAGCAAGGAGCCGGAUUUGGACUACGAGUACGAGUGGGACGAGAUUCCCAUGGAGGGCGAGCUGUAUUGGUGGUUUGACGACCAUCGGACGCUUUAUAUCCGCCAUCAGCCCUGAGGGACGCGUACAUACCCAAUGAGACGUUUACACUGGAGUGUAUUCUGAGACUACUCGGUGCCUUUCUCGGCAGAUCAAUACGCACGUGUAUAGUGAG